AUGAUGGCGCUCAGUUAUUUCCAAUCAUGCUUUCAAACAAGAAGCCAGAUGAGAAACGACUGCCGGACUGAGAACGAGUUUGCUUUCGAAGAAACGAUCGAUCAGGAUGAUGAUUGGAUACUUGUCCACUAUAAGGAGAAUUCAACGAAAGAAGAUUUGUUGUUGGAAUAUGUCGUGGUUGAUGUUAAAAGUAAGAACAAAAACUUGCUUGGACAAAACAAUACCAUUGAAAGUUUGCAAAAGGAAAGAAGACUCGCUGGGCGCAAACGAAAGGCAGUCAGGAAUUCAAAUCACCGUGGUGUUAAAGAAAUAAAUAAGAUUCCAAUGCGCUUGUUUAAGACAACCGGUAUUUCUGCACCAUCUGAAGCCACGCUACAUGCAUCUUCCAAAGUUUUUACAACCAAUCAAAUACGUCCAACGAAACACCGUCACGUGGAAAAACGUAUUGCCGCUUGCAAAAGACCUCACAUUCAAAAGCGUGCUGACCUGUUGCAACUUUUUGAAAACUUAUCGGAAAGAAAAGCAUCCAAACGAUUCUGUGAUUUUGCACAAGUUCCUCGUCACAGUACCUUCGAUAAACAGACCUCACUUUGCGAACAAAGUUUUGUUGUGUUGAUCAAAGGAUUUCAAGUAAAUUGUGCAAAUGAUCGCCAUUCAUUUAAUCGUAUUGUCUUACAACCGCACGUUGAUGGGUUCAGAAACCACAGAAAGAAAGAAUUAUGGAUGAAAUUUUCCAUUUUACCUUAUGAUGAUCAAAGAGCACUUGAGAGCCGGACAUCUCAGAACCUGUCUACAAAUUUAUUGAAUGGAUCAGAAUGCAAGAACAUGAAGAGGUAUCGUGGAUACCUCAGUUAUUUUAACGUGUUCUUAAUCUCUUGCAAAGAACUGCAAGAAGAGAACAAAGGAAAGGCUAUUGAGGAUUACUCUGUUUCAUCAACGACUCGUUCUGAAGACAAUGCAGCUGAAUCAUUGCACUCGAGAAUAAGAAAAACAAGGAAGAGAGUAGAAAAAAUACUUAACUCUCUUCUGUUGUUGCAUUUUCUGAUUGGUGAAAAGCUUCAUUGUUGGAAAACAAGAAUUACCAACUUUUCCGCUGAUAACAUCCUUGCCCCCAAGUCUCCUGUUUCAUGUUGCGCUACUUCAACGAUCAAAUCACGAGAAAAACACGUGCGUAAAGUAAAUACUGUCCACGUGACAAACAAGCAGUUGCGACGCCAAAACCGAGCUACAUUACGAAACAACUUGUCAAACAGUAACAGAAAGAGAGGAAUGAAAAAUGGUCGAUUUCAAAGCAACGUUGGUCAUCGCGAAUCUUGGCGCUAAGGUGCAGCAAUAUCAAAACAGAGAAUGAAAAAAUAUGAAAGAUACUGUCAAUAUAGAUUCUAUAAUGUACAGAUCUUUCCACAGAGGAAAUUGCAAGUCAAAAAAUGAAAAUAAAAAUAGUUCAUUUA